ACUCUCAGACAACAGGACACCGUUCAACCUCCGCUGUUGCUCCCGGUUUUGGAAGCUUUCUAGCUAAUACCAAACCAAGAAAUUACAGCUUUAAAACAUUUUGUUUGUGAUAAACCCAUAAUUACCAACACAUAGUUUGAUAGUUACUCUAUGUAAUUUUAUUUUUACAAUAUCAGUUACCUAACUGGUUAGAAUGGCCUAACAUUACUGUAACCUAAUCGCUAAAACUAGCAAGCUAACAUCCCUGAUUAUGAGCUCACAGCAAUACCGCGCAAUUGCUUUAAAACAGGCCUGGACGGAGGGAGAAGCUUUCGUGAAAGAGAAGGAACGUAGGAUUGUCACUGUUAAAAAGGAAGUAGACGGGGAGACUUUAAGAGUAAUAAAGAGAGAGGAUGCUCCUUUAAAAGAAGAGGAUUCCUUUGGAGUGAAAGAGGAGGAUGAGGAGAUAACUGUCACUUUAAAGGAAGAGGAACUGACAAAAGAUCCUACUAACUACAUGAAAGAGGAGGACAUUAAUGUUACGGUUAGAGAAGAGGAAGACGUAUUUGGAGUGAAGGAGGAAGGAGAGAUUACUGUCACAUUGGAAGAAGAUGACCAGGAGGACAUUGUAACAGCGGAGGAGGACAUUAAUGUCACAGUUAGAGAAGAGGAAGACGUAUUUGGAGUGAAGGAGGAAGGAGAGAUUACUGUCACAUUGGAAGACGAUGACCAGGACAUUGAAAACCGCUCAAAACCAGGCUCAUACAAUGGACCCAGUUUUACAGCAUCAACAAACAGUAAACAAGGCAGACCAAAGCCCUGCUGUACUAAAAACGUCCUCAAAUCAAACAAACUAAUCAAACAAACAAAGCUUUACCCCUGCUCCCGUUGUAAUAAGAGCUUCAGUCAAUCAGUAGAACUGAGGAGUCAUCAGAGGUCACACUGUGGAGAGAAGCCCUACAAAUGCUCUCAAUGUGGGGAAGGAUUCACUCAGCUAGGAAGCCUGAAUCGUCAUCAAAGAAUACAUACAGGGGAGAAGCCUUACAAAUGUACCCAGUGUGGAAAGAGCUUUAAUCAUUCAGGAAGCCUUACACAACAUCAAAGAGUACAUACAGGCGAGAAGCCUUACAAAUGCUCAGAGUGUGGAAAGGGCUUUUAUCAUUCAGGAAGACUUCGAGAACAUCAAACAGUGCAUACAGGAGAAAAGCCUCACCAAUGUACCCAAUGUGGGAAGAGUUUCAGUCGGACUGGAAUUCUUAAGAUUCAUGAAAAAUCUCACACAGGAGAGAAACCUUUCCACUGCUCUGUCUGUCAGAAGAGUUUUACAAGAGAAGUAACUCUAAAGGUUCAUGAAAGAGUCCACACUGGAGAGAAACCAUUCCAUUGCUCCACAUGUGGCAAGCGUUUCAUUGGUAAACUAAACCUUAAUAGACAUAUGAGAGUACAUAGUGGGGAGAAGUCUUUUCUCUGCACACAGUGUGGAAAGUGCCUGAGUAAUUCAAAAACGCUUAAGGAACAUCAGAGGAUACAUACAGGGGAGAAACCAUACCACUGCUCUCAGUGUGGAAAACAUUUCCGUUUUGCAGGUGACCUACAGAAACAUCAGCGAUCACAUAGUAAGGAAAAGCCUUACCACUGUUCUGUAUGUCAGAAAAGUUUCUCUCAGCAACGAAACCUAAAGACUCAUCAGCGGAUACAUAUUGGAUGGAAACUUGCCAGUACUCUCAAUGUAAUUGUUAAAGAGGAAGAGGGUGAGAGGAAAAUCAAUGAGGGGGAGAGAAAAGUUCAGGAGGGCAUUAGUGUAGUUGACUCAAGUACAUCAACGAUACCUGGUCGUAAGAUUUACCCAUGCCCUCAAUGUGGGAAGAGUUAUAGUUCCUCUAGUAAUUUAAAGACUCAUCAAUUACUACACACUGGAGAAAAACCUUUCCACUGCUCUGUGUGUGGGAAAAGUUUCAGAAAGAAAGUAACUCUUCAGAGACAUGAGAAAGUACAUGAGAAAGAGACAAUUAAAGAAAGACCUUUCCACUGCUCUGUAUGUGGAAGCAGUUUUGUUGAGAAAGCAUCCCUUAAGAGACAUGAGAAAAUACAUAGUAAAGAAAAACCUUACCACUGCUCCCAAUGUGGAAAGAAUUUCAAAGUGGCAGAUGCCCUAAAGAAACAUGAGAGAUUACACAACAAAGUGAAACCUCCCUUUUCCUUAAAUGUGGUUAUCAAGGAUGAGGGAGAAGAGAUUGAAUUUAAGGAAGAAUUAGAUUUGGAGCAAUAUAAGACAGAAGUAAAGGAAGAGGGAACAUAAGCUAACUCCAUAUGAAUGUGAAGUGCCUCCUGUCCUUGCAACCUUCCUCACCCAGUGUCACCCAGUUGACUAAUUCAGAAUAGUAACUGUCUGCAAUAGCUUCCCAAACGGUAUGUGGGAGACUGAGACCAAGUGGAAGAAUAUUCUAUGGUCUGGGAGAUCAAAAUAGAGCCUUUUGGUUUCAGUGCUAAGCACUGUUUGGUGCCAACCUAAAACUGCCCAUUCUGAGAACACCAUCCCUACCAUGAAGCAUGGUAAUGGGCAGCGUCAUGCUAUGGGGAUGCCCCUCUGCAUCAGAGCCUCAAAAGCUUAUGAACAUGAAGCUAUACUGGAUUCAGUAAAGUACAGAGAAAUUCUGGAAGAAAACCUUUUGAAGUCUGCAUGAGACCUGGGACUGGAGAUCAUUCAUCUUCCAGUUGGACAAUGACUCCAGAAACAACAAAGUCAAUGUCCUGGAAUGGCCCAGUCAAAGAUGGCUGUGUCCAGAUGUGCAAAGCUAGUACAGACAUAUCCACAUAAACUCAUGACUGUAAUUGCUGGUAUAUUUCCCUGCACCAAAUAUGCAAUCCAGUAUUUCUCUGUAUUUUAUUUGUAAUUCACUUUAAACAAUUUUAUUUUUGACAUUAUGGACCUUCUUGUGUUGAUCAAUGGCAAUAAUACAUUUUGAUUUCAUGUUGUAACACAAUAAAGUGUGUAAACAUCCAUGGGGGGUGAAUACUUUUGAGAGCCAUUUCAUUUGACCUAACCUACUAGGGACUCUAUAACAGGGACCAUGUUUUGUAUUUUUUCUAUAAAAGGGACCAAUUAUUUUUCUGUACAAAUGCCUCAACUUAUCAAAAAGAAAAACGCUUUUGUUCAAGGGAUUCAAUUAGAUUGGGGAUAAUCGGCAUGUUUCAAAGGCAACCAGUGGUCUGAUUGGGAUUGUGGCCUUAGUCUAGUCUUUGUGAAAACGUUUUUGUCUGGAUAGAUAGCUUGGACAACACCACCAAUGUCUCACACAUUAAACCC